AGCUAUUUAAUGUCAACAUUAAUGGUUGUCCACGCCUACUGCUGAAACAAUCCAAAGGUCCGUUUUGUCAUCAUCUAAGAACUUAAUUUUCGAAGCAACAGCCUUAAAGUUUCACUUUUCCCGUGAUGCGACAGUUUUAAGCCGCUGUAGCAGAGUGAAUUUACAGACUGGCUGAAAAAUGAAUCUUCUCGACUGGGAUGCCAUUCGAGCAAUUCAGAGAAAUAUGCACUCAAAUCAUAUUAAUAACAGCAUGGAGCAUUCCUCAAGAACUGCUACUGAGGGGGACCCUCACUGUGAAUACCCGAGACACACUGUCGAUGAAGCACAAAGUCCUUCCUCGCAUAACUUUUACAUUAACGAGUCAGAAGUCGCGGACCCAGAUGGAGAACCACUUGAAAUGGAUCGAGAGGAUCCAGAGCUGGCAAGAAAGCAGAAAGAGCUGAGAGAGAUUGAGGAACGCAUAAUGCUUAAGAAAGCUGCUAUUGCUCUGAAAACAGUUGAACUGAAGACAACGCCGGCAGACUUUUCCUGUAAUGAGCAAUCAGCUAAAUGCAAAGGUGCAACUCUUAAAGACCGGGUGCAUGUCAUUUUGCAGCAAAGACAUCCUGAUAGCUUUCUUUCAAAGAGACCAACUGCUUUCCAGAUAAUAUACUGUAUAAUGUACGCAAUGUACAUCGUUGUUCAGGUCUGGUCACCAAAAGAGAGAAUGAACUCAUCCAGGCUGAGCAAAGAUGGUCUCCUGCAGAACGAGCAUCCUCUGAAGCUCAGAGUGAAGGCACUGAUGAAGCAGAGAUGUGGGGGUCCCUGUGUUUUGCCUGGAAGCAGAGAGGUCCCUGACGUCACACCGCCUCCUCCCAGUCAAAGCGUUGCUUCACCAGCCAAGGAAGAGAACAGCGUCAACAAGGGUUUCCAGCGCUUCCUCAGCGUGCUCAACAAAGGAGUGGACAUGGACUUUCUCAGCAGGAUUGUCAACGAUGACAGUGAAGAUCUUCCUUCAGGUGAGGACCUCCUAAACAUUCAGCCCCCUGUCGUGGAGAACAAGUCAGAUCCAUGCUUCAGGAGCAAGAGCCAGGAUCAAAAUAGUGGAGCCUCGCUGCUGGGCCGCAGUCAGACCAACAGUGGAGAGAGAAAGACUGACCAGGCCAGUAAAGAGAGAUACCUCAAAGACAGACUUUGCCUACCUGAUGAUGAUGAUGAAGAAGAGAAGAAGAAUGACAGAGGAGACUGCUGUUCUGGUUCUAGAGGGCGAUCCAAGUCUCCCUUAGCAGUGAAGAAGAAAGAAGAAGAAAAACCAGAGGUGGAUGAGCAGCGUGAACAGCUCCAGAACAUUCUUAAAACCCUGGGGUUGAACAUGGAAGUGGAAGAGAUGAGCAAACUAUCAGACCGGACUCAGGAGAGACUGUAUGGGAAGAAGCAUAAAGACACAAGUGCUAAAAGCAGAAGGCAGCAGGAGAGUCGGCAGAGUGGCUCCCAAAGACAUAACAGUAACUCCUCCUCCUCCUCCUCAAGGUCGACUAGGUCUAGAAGCCCCUCUCGCCAUCAGUGCUCCCACAGCAAAGACUCCAAACAAAGGUCUGAAGGCCCCCGCUCCAGAGACAGAAGCAGAGAUGGACUUACACGCCAUGACGAUAACCAGGACAGCAAAGAAGCGUGUAAAGACAAUGACGGACAAGACUCUGAAGAAAUGUAUACAUAUCAACAUCCAUAUUCACAAAACCAAACAUACCCCCAUCCCCCACCUGCUGCUUUUCCAGAUUACAGUUUGUCCCAGGACUCGCAGUACACUGCCUAUGAUAGUGGCACUUACUGGGCCCUUACUCAGAGUGGCAUUCCUCCCUCCCUUUACCCCGACGGGGAUCCUUAUCCAGUAAACGCCUACCAUGAGUUUCCUGGCUCUGUAGGGGCACCUGACAUGGUUUACCCUCAUCACGACUCUCCUAACAUCAACUUCUUUGUAAAUCCAGAUCUGUCUAAGAGUGAAGGCCAAACUGGCUAUGUUUCCGCCCCUCGCUGCCUGCAGGUCAUCAGCACUAAGACUCCAGCCCCUGAUCGCUGUCUAAUGACGCUCACAAAAAGCCAAAAGAAGAAGUGGGGGAAUUGUAAAAUUGCAAAAAAGAGGCAGAAUUUAUUUUGGAAAAAGUAUAAGGAGUUUCGGAAACAACAAAAAACAAAUCACUUAGAAAUCAGUGACGAGGAUGGAGGCGCCACAGCGCCAAAAUGAUGAACAUGUUUCAGAACAUUUAGUAUUGAAGUCGUAUUUUCGGACUUUGACUGAAUCAUCCUUUAACAAGUAAAUGAUAUCUUCCUCAAAAUAAUAUUUUUGUGCCAUUAAUGACCAGUUUGCUCUAAGAGAGGUUUUACCUGUUUCAGCUCUACAUUUCUGUGAAUAUCACUACUUUGUAACUCUGUUUCUAAACAGCCUUUGGUUCUUUGUGCUGUAUACAAUUGAUUAAACUAUAUAUGUUUUGCAGG